AUGUCUCCUAAUCGAAUAGAACUGUUACCCAUUGAAUUAUUCUAUAUUAUUUUUACUUAUCUUUUGCCACAUGAACUUAUCUAUGCAUUUUCUCAUUUGAAUCAUUAUUUUGACAUUAUCUUAGUCAGUUAUAAUGGAUAUGUAUUCAAUUUUUGUUCAAUUCUUAAAUCUCAAUACGAUAUUACAUGUCAUCAUAUUCGACCAGAUCAAGUCAUGUCUCUGACACUCUCAGACGAUGAUGAAACACCAAAUCAAUCGAAACUUUUUUUUUCUCAUUUCAACAUCGAACAAUUUAUUAAUCUUCGUGCAUUCAAUAUGAGUUCAAUCAAUAGUAAUACAUACGAGCAACUAUAUAAUUUACAGAAACUUAAAAAUUUAUCAUCACUUGAGUUACCUCGACUUUUUCAACCGUCUUACAUUGCUUUUGAUUCUAUUAUUCGAGAAUUACUUUCUCGAUUAUAUCGACUAACAGCUUACAAUACGUAUUAUCUUCUUGAUCAAUCAUUACCUUGUCUUCGUCAUUUAACUCUUAAACAAUGUAAUUGUGAACAAUUCUCAAUUUUACUAAAUCGAAUUCCUCAUCUUCAUUCAUUGAAUAUAAUACUUUCGAUUGAUAUUCAUACAGAUUGGUCAAAUUAUACAACAAAAUUAAUUCAUUUAAAACGAUUAAUACUGACUUUAAAUGGUGAAAAAGUAACAAUGAUACAAAUGAAACAAUUUCUAUCUAAAUUACCUAAUCUAACACAUUUUCAAUUCUCAACACAAGGUGAUAUAGAUCUUCUUGAAGGUCAACAAUGGGAAUUACUUGUUUCACAUUUAAUUAUAUUCGAUUUUCAUAUUCGUUUACUUUGUUCAUCAUUUCAAUUUUCCAUAAAAACUAUUCUUAACUCAUUUCGUUCAUCAUUUUGGCUUGAAGAUAAACGAUGGUUUGUUGCUUGUGAUGGUUUACGUUUGGAGAAUAUUUUCACUAUACCUUGUUUCGUUUCAAACAUUGUUACAUAUCCUUAUGUAAAUUGGCCACCAUUAUGUACAUCAUCUGAUUUCAAUUUCGAUCCAUAUAUCAAAUGUCUUCAAUUGUCAUUACUCAAUCCAGUUCCUCAUCGUUUCACUAAUAUAACAUCAAUUGUGAUCAAUACAGAUGAAAUUCUUACUGAUCUUGGAUUAUUAGGAUUCGUUAAUCUUGUUGAACAUAUGCCUUACUUGAAUACUAUUACGCUUCGAGAUCUGUCCGUAUUGAAUUUUGUUCCAAAUAAUGUUACAUUUACAAACAUACGCAAUUUAUAUGUACGCCAUGUGUAUAAUAGAGACAUAAGUCAACUAACUCGAUUAUGUACAAUUUUUUCUCGACUUGAACGUUUGCAUAUGAAAUUAAUUUCAUGGGAAGAAUUGUUUUUCUUAAUUGAUCAAUUGAAAUAUCUAUCAAUUGCCAAAUUCAAAUUCUAUUAUUUAUCAUCUUUUGUAAGAGAUUCAUAUCAAUCAUCAUCCAUGAUAUAUGAUCGACUUAUCAAGAAUUCUCGACGUUUGCAAGCGAACAAUAAUUUUACAUACCAAUAUAUGAACAAUCAAAUUCAUUUAUGGAUGAAUCAAGAAAAAGUAAAAUUAUUUUUGAAUAAGGAAAAAAUUGUUCUAGGCGGAUAUAUCAGACAUGAAUUCUAUUUGUGUUGUCAAUUUCGUUUUCAAUCGAGAAUUGAAGCAACAAUUGCCUUAGUAUGUAGAAAAUAUAAUCACAAUGGAUAUGAGAAUUCAGUUGAAUUUGGAAUCGCUUAUAUUUCGGUAGAAAUUAGAUUUUAUCAAAAUCGAUCAUUCAAGGAAAGCACAAAACGAUUCGCUGGAAAGCAGAAAUAUUCAUUAUAG